GGCCGUUCAGACAGUAAACUGCGAGCCGCAUCCUUCUGUGAGAGCUUCUGUGUUCAGCCUAUUCACUCUUCCGCGUCCUCGAAUAUAUACCGUCCGUCGUGACAUCUAUCGACCAUGGCACAGCAGAUCAAGGUUGGCGACGUCAACGGCAUCCCGAUCAUCAGCCUUGCGGCCUUCCUCGAUGCUUCGAACAAGCAAGUCACGGCAGACGCCAUGCUAGACUCCUUCAAGACAAUUGGGUUUGUAUAUCUGGUCGAUCAUGGGCUACCAAAGGAGAAGAUAGCCAGAAUGUUUGAAUGGUCCAAGAAGUUCUUUGCUUUGCCAAUGGAAACCAAGAUGCUCGCGCCUCACCCGCCGUCUGGCACCCACCAUCGUGGAUACUCACCUCCUGGAAAGGAGAAGGUCGUUCAGCAUGUCUACGACGACAAGGAGCUUGCGAAGAUCCGCGCCAAGGCUCCGGAUGUGAAGGAGAGCUUCGAGAUUGGCAGGGAAGAGGACGCAGCCAUGACAAACAUUUGGCUCCCAGAGGACGUAUUCCCUGGCUUCAAGGAAGCCUCCCUAGAGUUCUUCUGGGCUUGCCGGGAAAUCGAGCUGACCAUCCUCCGUGCUUUGUCCCUUGGUCUGCAUCUCGAGGAGAGCUUUUUAGAGAAGUUCCAUACUGCGCCUGAUAAUCAGCUGCGACUCUUACACUACCCAAGCGUCCGUGUAGAUGACCUCGAGAGAGAGGAGGUUGCUCGGAUCGGCGCCCACUCCGACUUUGGUAGUAUUACGCUAUUGAUGCAAGACGAUGUGGGCGGACUCGAGGUUGAGAACCCCCACAAUCCUGGCGAAUUCACGCCUGCUACACCCGUUGAGGGUGCUAUCAUCGUCAAUGCUGGCGACUUCCUCAUGAGAUGGUCGAACGACAUGAUUAAGAGUACCAUCCACCGAGGCGGCAUGACUCCGGACGACUACUCUCGCACCGUGGACUGCCUGCCGGGGACCUUCUCGGAGAAGAUUCCCAAGAAGUACGACCCAAUCUCGUCUGGUCAAUACAUCAUGUCUCGCUUGCCGCGACGUAUUAAGCCGGCAUUACUAGUAUCCGAUACUUAAAAACGAUGCAACAACUCUAUGUACAGAUUUAUGGGCUUGCGCUGUGUACUGUGAUUGUCUAUGUAGUAUCGACCUCUACGAUCG